CUUACCAAUACCAUUCGUCUGAUUUUUAUAGCCGGAGAUAAAAAGAGAUCUUAUGUCUUCUAUCUCGCAUCUCGUAUACCUUGUGUGGUUGCUAGGAAGCAUUAGAAAUGCACAGUACAGAAGAUUCCCACAGUACCCUGGCAAUGCGGAAGUCUUCGGUCUGAUCGGCGGCCAUUCAACUGAGUCCAGCAAUCGGGUUUUCGUGGUCUUCUAGUCCAGGUGGGCUUAACUUACCUUCACCGCCACCAAGAAACUCGACUCAUUCGCAGCACACCGUUGGAGCAUAUCGGUCCUGUGUCGCCUUCCGCUGCUAGGAAAAUGUGCAAGUUCACCAAUCGGCUGUUCGUCUUCGCCCUGUUGCUACUGGCGGUGGGUGGGAUUCGGACCCAACCCGCUGGUGGAAGGAGGAACGUGGUCAGCGACCUUCUGGAGGUUUUGUAUGAAGACUACAACGACAACGGUUUUCAGCGCGAGGACGUGUUCUAUGACCAGCGGCAAAAGGGUGCGGAAAAUCUGAAGUUGAGCGUGGAUGGCGUUGUCAUCGGCAUGUCUCCUCAAAUUGGUUCCGACUGGCUUUAUUCAAUGGCCAAAUACUACCUAAGUGAAACGAUGCUGCGUCUAACUACACCCGAGCCAGAUACCAAUCAGCUUUAUGAAAAGGAGCCCAUUACAGAGAAGUUGGAGUCAGGCGAUGAUGAGAAUUCCACAAGACUCCAUGAAAACUCAAAUAGUGAUCCAGAAAGUAGACAGCAACAUAUUGUAUCGUCGAACAAAUCCACUCGUACUCCAUCAUUGCAACUGUUGAAUUUGCUAAAGAUGUUUAAAAGUUCAAAAGCCUAACUUGCAUAAAACGUACUUUGAAUUCUUAGCAGAUCUUUAGUUGUAAGUUAUAUUGUAAUCAUUUUUGGAAUAAAAUGAGUAUAUAAAUUUACA